UUUUUAAUUUUAGUUUAGAUAGAUAGAUAUAUAUAUAUAUAUAUAUAUAUAUAUAUAUAUAUAGAUAGAUAGAUAGAUAGAUAGAUAGAGAGAGAUGGGGAGGAGUCCGUGUUGCUCCAAGGAAGGACUCAACAGGGGAGCCUGGACUGCCAUAGAAGAUCAAACACUUGCAGCUUACAUUAAAGCCCAUGGAGAAGGACAAUGGAGAAACCUCCCCAAGAGAGCUGGACUGAAGCGAUGUGGUAAGAGUUGUAGACUUAGAUGGUUAAAUUAUCUUAGACCAGACAUCAAGAGAGGAAACAUUUCUCAUGACGAAGAGGAACUCAUAAUCAGACUCCAUAAGCUUCUUGGUAACAGAUGGUCUUUAAUAGCUGGGAGACUUCCGGGGCGAACAGACAAUGAAAUCAAAAACUACUGGAACACUACUCUAGCAAAGAAAGCUGGAGCUCAAACAUCUUCACAACAAACCAAUCUGCAGUGUUCCACGAUAAGCAAAUCCAGAUCAUCAGUACUGAAGAAGUCAGCUACCAAGCCACCAAUUUCGCCACCGGCUCGGACCAAUCAAGCGCAAGCAAUCCGAACCAAGGCCACGAGGUGCACCAAAAUACUUGACGCAGUCCCUGCAAUAUCAUUUCCAUUUCCAAAUUUAUAUGACAAUCGUUACACAAACUCGGCAUUAGAGCUUCAAGCACAACAAAUAUUCCAGCAGGGUACAAAUAAUAAUACAGAGAGAGAGUCGUGUGGAAUUGAUGAGGAGAUGAAUGUUGCAUACUCUAGCAACUCUGGUUUCUUAGAUAUUGGGUUUGAUGAGUUUCCGGCAAUGAAUGAUGAUGAUGAUACGACGAAGAGGGUAUAUAGCUAUGACAACGAUAUCCCCUUGGAUGCUGACUAUUUGUUCAAGGAGUGGAGCGUGGAUGGUUUUCUUGAUCACGACAAUGUCGCUAUCGGUGUCGGUUCCUUGGCAGCUUUACUUGAUUGUGAGGAAUGGCCAUGAGAUUCUAAAUCAUUCUAACAUAGACAAAAAAGAAUGUACAAAUGUGCUUUUUCUAUGGAAAUACCAAGGAUUCGUGUAUGUAUGGGUUUAUCUCAUAAGUGCUUCAACUCUCACAUACUAGAGGCUACUUUUAAUUUGCAUGUCAUUUUAUGAAUAAUAUUGUUGCAAGUUCUAAUUUGCUAGUAAA